AUGGACCCCGGCAUCCCGACUGAACCGCCUUCCCGUUCCUUGAAGGGCAAGGUUGCCAUCGUGACGGGCGCAGGCUGCCUUGGUGAUGGAAUUGGGAAUGGCCGUGCAAUCUCAAUUCUGUUGGCCGAUGACGGCUGCGAUGUGCUCUGCAUCGACCUCAAUCUGGAAUGGGCGAAAAUGACCGUCGACAUGAUCACAUCAAAGCCUGGACGUGGCAGAGCACUCCCAUUCAAGACAGAUGUCACAUCGGAAGAGGACUGCAAAAGAGCAGUGGAUUUCGCGAUUCAGAACUUCGGCAGGCUUGAUAUUCUGGUCAACAAUGUCGGGAUAGGAGGUGCAUCCGGAACAGCGGUCGAUGUGGAUAUGACUCAGUGGGCAAAAAGUAUGGAAAUCAACGUCGCCAGUAUGGUUCAGAUGAGCAAAUAUGCCAUACCGGAGAUGACCAAGAAUGACGGCGAGGUCAAAGGCAGUAUCGUCAAUAUGGGCAGCGUUGCUGGACUGAAAGGUGGCACCCCCCAUCUGCUGUAUCCGACUUCUAAGGGUGCCGUCGUCAAUCUGACCCGAGCGAUGGCCGCUCAUCACGCCGCAGAAGGCAUCCGGGUAAACUGCGUGUGUCCUGGUAUGCUCUACACGCCAAUGAUGUAUGGAAACGGCAUGAGCGAAGAGGCUAGGGAGGCUCGAAGAAAGCGAAGCCUACUGGGUACCGAAGGAAAUGGUUGGGACUGUGCUGGUGCAGUAGUCUUUGUCGCGGGGCCUCACGCUCGAUGGAUGACAGGAGUCAUUCUUCCAGUAGAUGCAGGGACGACGGCAGCAGUGGGCAUUGGGAUGAGCAAGAAUGCCAGUGUCAAUGGGUAG